GCGGGUUUACUAUACUAUACGCAGUUUAGUAUGCGCAUAGUUGGCAACAGUCCAAGCGAUUACAUUGUGUUGUAGAUACGAAACUGGUGAAUCUACACUUUUCAGCAUAUUUUACAGGAAUUUAUAGGACUUUACCCGAACAAAAUGUCGGAAAGUAGAGAUGAUUUAAUAAUGAAGGCCAAGUUGGCCGAACAGGCCGAGAGAUACGAUGAAAUGGCGGAGUUUAUGAACAAAGUGGCUCAGAGUGGAUCAGAAUUAAAACCAGAGGAGCGGAAUUUAUUAUCUGUCGCUUACAAGAAUGUGGUCGGGUCGCGCCGUUCGUCGCUUCGUGUUAUUUCCAGUAUUGAGGAAAAGGAAAAGGAUAGCAAGAAGGAAACGCUUGUUAAGGCGUAUAGGGAAAAGAUCGAAAAGGAGCUGACCGACAUGUGCGGCGUUGUGAUCAAGCUCCUUGAUGAUACGUUGAUCCCCAGUAACAGCGACAAAAAUGAUAAGGACCAAAUUGAUAGCAAAGUGUUUUUCCUGAAAAUGAAAGGUGACUACUACAGGUACCUCGCUGAAGUUCAGGGAGGCAAAAAGGACGAAAUUGUCAACAAUUCCAAAGCCGCGUACGAUGAGGCGCAUAAGGUCGCCGAGGGCCUCCAUGCCACCAACUCCAUCCGCCUCGGACUCGCUUUGAACUUUAGUGUGUUCUAUUAUGAGAUCAUGAACAACCCAUCAGAGGCGUGCAAACUUGCGAAAAAGGCGUUCGACGAUGCAAUAGCUGAGCUGGACAGUUUGGAGGAGAAUGCGUACAAGGACAGUACCCUUAUUAUGCAGUUGUUACGUGACAAUCUCACUCUUUGGACAUCCGAAACACAAGAAGCAGAAGAGGACUAAACAACUGCCAGAUCUUGGACUGAACAUGUUCGAUUGUUCAUAACACGUGUCUUGUCUAACGUUCAUAAAUAUAUCCUUUAAGUAUAAUCCUUAGAUCUAUACCAUAGCUGUCAAGUUUGUUAAUAAACCGUUCGUAAAUAAUAUUUUUGCCCGAAAACUAGACUGUCAUCUUUUAAACGUGGUACGGUUUAAAAUAGAUGUUGAAUGACUAAUAUAUUGACACAAUAUUCAUAGGAGUGUCCCUACCGAAAACUUAGUUUACAAAGCAAAGUGAUAAUGUUAAAAAUCUCGAUAACGAAUAUUUGUAUUGUUAACUGUUUGUGUCGUUUAAAUUGUUACCAAAGAGGUCAUGUUCGAGAGUAAAUUAAAUAUAAUAAAUGAGAUGUCAUUGUAUGACAUAUUCUUGCUGUAAUCUUAUAGAAAUAUUCAGGGGGUCAUUUUUCCAUGUUGGUAACUUUGCCUAAUCAUUGUGUGUAAUAAAACAUUGUUACAGUAUGUUUCAGAUUUUAGUGAAAGUAUAAUAAAUCUAUGUAAGUGGUAAA